GUCAACAGGAGAUGAGAAAUGAACCUCAGGUUGGAGGGAUCUAUGUUAGGUUAUUCCUGAAAGGUCCCAAAUUUCCACUUAGAAAUCCCAAUAGAUUUCUUAAAGGGCUGCUGGAUCAGUACCUUACAUCCAUUGCCGCCUCACAAUAUGAUGGCCAAGCUGUUGACACUGAACUUCCUCUACUUCUUUCUGCUGCCCCGGUCUCUUUACUCAGGGUGUACCCCGCUCUUGCAGAUCAUGUUGGAUAUCUUGGUUAUGUGCCCAAACUUGUGUCUGCAGUAGCCUAUGGAGCAAGCAGAGAAACAAUGGCUUCAGAAACCUAUGUAUCUGAGGAUGGUUCGUCGCAACAAAAUUCACAAACUCCUCAGGAGUGAGUUCGCCUUAGUUGUUUACGUAUUCUACAUCAGUUUGCAGGUAGCACCACCUGUGCAGAAGCGAUGGCAGCCACUAGUGUUGGGACACCCCAGGUAGUUCCACUUCUUAUGAAAGCGAUUGGUUGGCAAGGUGGAAGCAUCCUAGCUCUUGAAACCUUAAAGCGUGUUGUAGUUGCAGGGAAUCGAGCAAGAGAUGCACUUGUUGCACAGGGUCUCAAGGUCGGUCUUGUGGAAGUUCCUCUUGGCCUUCUUGAUUGGCGAGCUGGGGGAAGAAAUGGGCUUUGUUCACAGAUGAACUGGAAUGAGUCAGAAGCAGCAAUUGGCCGGGUUCUUGCAAUUGAGGUUUUGCAUGCAUUUGCAACAGAAGGGGCCUAUUGUACCAAAGUACGUGUCAUACUGAGUGCCUCUGAUGCAAUGCUUUCUGGUGAACCGACUAUUGUUGAUGCUGCUGCUGCUCUGCUGAAAGCUAUAGUUACUAGGAACCCAAAAGCAAUAUCUGAUUAUACAGUACAGUCGCAUUUUGUUUUGCUCUGGCUUACCCUGGAUCUGAUCUUAUUUCAAUUGCCCAACUCUUCUCAGUGACUCAUGUUUAUCAAACUUUUCAUGGUGGUGAGGAAGCUGCAGUUUCCUCUUCUCUACCUUUGGCGAAACGAAGUGUUUUGGGCGGCCUCUUACCUGAGUCAUUGCUUUAUGUACUGGAACGUAGAGGCCCAGUUGCUUUUGCCGCAGCAAUGGUUUCUGCUUCUCACACUCUUGAGAUUAUUUGGACACACAAGAUGCGAGCAGAGAAUCUGAUCCGUUAGUGACUCAUGUUUAUCAAGCUUUUCAUGGUGGUGAGGAAGCUGCAGUUUCCUCUUCUCUACCUUUGGUGAAACGAAGUGUUUUGGGCGGCCUCUUACCUAAGUCAUUGCUUUACGUACUGGAACGUAGCGCGGCCCAGUUGCUUUUGCCGCAGCAAUGGUUUCUGAUUCUAACACUCCUGCGAUUAUUUGGACACAGAAGGUUCUUCAGCAUCUUGGUGAUUUCCCUCAGAAAUUGUUACAGCAUUGUCAUUCCUUAUAUGACUAUGCUCCAAUGCCACCAGUGACAUAUCCAGAGCUGAAAGAUGAAAUGUGGUGUCAUCGUUAUUAUCUUCGAAACUUAUGUGAUGAAAUUAGAUUUCCUAAUUGGCCUAUUGUUGAACAUGUUGAGUUUUUGCAAUCAUUGCUAGUAAUGUGGAGAGAAGAGUUAACUCGAAGGCCAAUGGAUCUUUCUGAAGAAGAAGCUUGCAAGAUACUAGAGAUUUCCAUUGAUGAAGUAUCCAGAGACGACGCCCCUAAGAAACCAAGUUUUGAGUCAGUUGAGGAGAUACCUAAUAUAUCAGAGCAGAUUGAGUAUAUUGAUGAGGAAAAGCUCAAGAGACAGUAUAGGAAACUUGCAAUGAAGUAUCAUCCACACAAAAAUCCUGAAGGGAGGGAGAAGUUUCUGGCAGUGAGAAGUGCUUGCAGGUAUGCCAAAUUCCUUGAUCCUGUGUGAGGAUCUGUCGUUACUCAUGAAAAACGGAGACUAUAU